AUGGAACUCAACCGAGAACAUUUUCGCGCCAUAAUUUAUUACAACUUUCAGUCGACAAUUUCCCGUUGUCAUAGCGACGAUUCUAGGGUGGGUGCACCAAAAAUGGCAGUCACCCAGGAAAACGUCGAUGCUGUGCGCAAACUCAUCAUUGAAGAUAGACAUGUGACAUAUCGCGAGAUUGAGGCGUCCUUGAAGAUCUCAAAGACCUCAAUUCAAAAAAUUUUACAUGAAGAAUUAGGAGUAAGAAAAUUAGUUUCUCGUUGGAUACCCCACCUGGUUAAUUGGUGUCAAAAAACGCUUGACCGUGAAGAAAAGCCAACAAAAGUCAUCCCAGGUCAUAUUGCAACAAUUCCUCUUAAUGAGCAAAGAACUGUUACUGCGGAUUUUUAUACCACCAUUUGCUUGCCAAAAGUCAUCACUGAGCUUCGAAAAAUCAACCCCGAAAGAAGAAUCAUCCUCCACGAAGACAAUGCAAGCUCGCACACAGCCCAAAAAACAAGGCAGCAUUUAACGGAAGAAAACAUGGAAUUAUUGGACCAUCCUCCAUAUAGUGCCGAUCUAAGUAAUAGCGAUUUCUUUACUUUUCCGAAAAUUAAAAACAGACAGCGUGUACAAAGAUUCCAGUCACCAGAAGAAGCAGUUGACGCAUUCAAAAAUGCCGUUUUGGAUCUGCCAGCAAGCGAGUGGAAUAAGUGCUUCGAAAAUUGA